GGUAUAAAUAACACGGAAUGGUACCAUUUAUGACGGGUUAAGCUAAAAGAUCCACAUCAGAAGCUACUGCCAUGUCGAAAUCUGUCUUGACACUUGCUCUUUGCUGCUUUUUGAUGGUCGAAAUUCAAGCCGAUACUGACAGAAAAAGACUGCAUGAAACUUGCAUGCGCGUUUUCGGGAAGUGUAUUAAAAAUGAAGACAAAUUAGGAAGGCAGGACGAUACUUCUCAGCUUUUUAACGAGUUUUGUCGACGUUCGGAUUCCGGUUGGUCAGACCUCAGCCGAUGUGAUCUUCUACGAGUAGCCUGUUUAUCUACUGUACGCGAUUGUGAAAGUCCGACUUGUAAGAAUGUUGCCCACCGGAUGAAUCUUUGCCCCACAGAUAAUAUCCCAUCAGUUUCAUCAGCUCACAUUGAUUGA